GACCACCCCUUUGCCCAGCUCAAGGGCAGCGACAACAUCAUCGCCUUCACCACGCAGCGCUACGCCAAGCAGCCGCUGAUUGUGCGGGGGCCGGGCGCGGGCGCCGAGGUCACCGCCGGCGGCGUCUUCUCAGACCUGCUGCGCCUGGCUGCCUACCUGGGCGCCCCCUCGUGA